AUGGAGGAAAAUGAAGAGGAAAUUGAGGAUGAGGACGCGGAUGAGGUGGUCGUAGGUGAAGGUAAUGUUCCCCCUCAUUUGAUAAUAAGGGAUGAUAAUGGGAAGGUUAUUAUACAAACUUGUGGCAGCGGGCUUGUUCCGGACAAAGAAGUAGCAAAUGCCAUUAAUUAUGCGAUACAUAAACAAUUUUAUAGGGGUUUCUAUAAUUGA